AUGUCACCAUUCUGUAACGAUAUUGACAUAGACACAAAAAGACUAGCUAAGCAAGGCGACACCGUCACGUUCACCCUCCAGAACAUCAUACAAACUUUGGAGUGGGACAACAUGGUAGCGAAAAUCGAUGACCGGCAAUUGCACCAUUUUCGCUUUACUUAUGAUAUCGUUCACGUAACACGAGACAUUAGCCAGGUGGAACAAUUGCUUGCCGGCUUUGAUAACGCUUAUGGAAGAUUGGUCUUCUCUCGCAUCUAUCCAUCUCGGUUCACAAAAUUUUGCAAAAACGACGUUUCUGAAGAAUAG